AUGCGUACUUCAUCGUACUUCUCCAAUAUCAAGUUCUUGAUCGUUGCUGGUGUUGGCCUUUUUGGUGAUGGGUACUUGAACAUUAGCAUUGGACUUGUCGUCCCAAUGAUAGGCUACCUCUACUUCGAUGACAAGAAGAACACGAUCCCCACCAUAUCUGGGGAUCUCAUCAAGUCUGGCCUCGCCAUCGGCAUGGUCUGUGGUCAAGUCGGCUUUGGGAUCUUUGGUGACGCUCUGGGCCGCCACAGGAUCUAUGGAAAAGAACUCAUGUUCACAAUCUUUGGUACUCUGAUGGUCAUUCUCAUGCCAUGGGGGCACAUUUCUCACCAAAGCGUACUUGCGUGGAUGACUGUUUUCCGUAUCGUCACCGGAUUCGGUAUCGGAGGAGAUUAUCCAAUGACCUCUUCCCUCUCUGCCGAACACACUCCCAUGGGCUCCCGUGCGAAACUCGUGGCGACAAUCUUUUCCUCCAUCGGUCUCGGAAGUAUGACUUCAAGCAUCGUCUACCUGGUGCUCCUGGCUGCGUUCAAGUCUUCUGUCAACGACAAUAUUCACCACCUUCAAUGGGUCUGGCGAUUGCUCUUCGGCAUUGGCCUCAUACCUCUCAUCUGCACUUUAUACUUUCGCUUGACGAUGCCUGAAAGCAAGCCGUAUGAAAAAUUUGCUGAUGAUCCUAUAGAUGUUGCUACAGAGACAUCUCUGAAACAUAAUGGCCAGCGUGGUCUUCAUCAGCAAUGGCGAGAUUUCAGAGUUUACUUUUCCGAAUGGAAACACGCCAAAGUGUUGUUUGGUGUCAGCGCAGCUUGGUUCCUCUUUGACAUUGCAUUCUACGGUAUCAACCUAAACCAAUCUAUUGUACUGUCAAAGAUUGGUUAUGGUAAAGCCGACACGCCGUGGGGUACUCUGUGGAACACGGCCGUCGGUAACAUUAUCGUCUCUUCUGCUGGGUACCUUCCCGGAUUCUACAUUGGCAUCUUCCUCCCCGACCUAGUCGGGAGAGUAAGUCAACAAUUCUGGUGCAGUGUGGGAGUCGUCAUUCUCUACGCCAUCUGGGCGGGGGUAUCCCACCACACUUCUACCGGCGGGCUCGUCACCAUUUUUACUCUCUCUCAGCUUGUUCUUAACAUGGGCCCCAACGUGUCAACCUUUUUGUUGCCUGUCGAGGUUUUUCCCACCCGCGUCCGGGGUACCGCUCAUGGUAUCGCCGCUGCGUCAGGAAAGGUCGGGGCCAUCGUCACAUCUUUCGCGUUUGGUUCAUUGACGGACGCCAUCGGUCUUCCCGGUGUCUUGGGUUUCCUCGCCGGCAUCAUGGCCUUGUGUGCAGCCGUGACCUUGUUGAUUCCAGAAACCAAAGGUCGUUCGAUCGACGAAAUCGAACGUGGAAUCCUAUACGGGGAGGAUGAUAAGAGCGGGCAAACCACAAGCUCCUCCGACUCUUCUCCCGAGUUGGAAGGACGCGACCAAGUCUUUUCCAAAUCUGCAGAAGCAUGA